AUGGGGAAGAAAAAGAACGGAAACCAGAACGGUAACAACUGGAACAAUAACUCGAAAUAUUGUACUAGUUGCAAUAUACCUGGUCAUGACUGGAAUAGCUGCAAUAAAAAUCCGAACAACAAUAGAAACAACAAUAAUAACAACAACAACAACAACAAUAACAAUAACAAUAACAACAAGAACAACUACAAUAGCUCACAAUAUUGCCAACACUGCAAAACCCCUGGUCACAUCUGGAAUAACUGUCCGAACAAAAACCAGAAUCAACAACACAAUCAGCAGCAGAACCAGCAGCAGAAUCAGCAUCAGAAUCAGCAUCAGAAUCAGUAUCAGAAUCAGUAUCAGAAUCAGUACCAUAACCAGAACCAGAAGAUCAACACCUAUGACGGUCAUCAAAAUGGGUUCUUGAUGAAUACCCCUUUCCAACUCGGUCCCCCGGAACUCGAGGCUCUGUGGUGCAGAUGGUGCAAUUUUCUUGCUCAUAGCACCCUCGGCUGCCCCAAUGUUGCCCGUCAGGUUGAGGUUGAGUGCCUACCAGAUGUCAGUGAUAAUUUCUGCGGCAGAUGUGGGUACAAAGGCCAUACCAGCUAUGUCUGUUGCAAUCCCCAACCACAUUUGCAAUGCUUUCUCUGUCAUCAAAAGGGUCACUCUUUCAAGAAUUGUUUGCGCGCCGAAAAUCCUCAAAUACGCAGAAUCAUAGAGUCCGCUUCUGUAUCUCUAUCGAAACCAGAGAACGAAAAGAAUGACACAAAAUCGAUCGAAAAGAGCGCGAUUCAAAGUCUGAAGAGAAAGAGAGAGGCAAUUGAGGAGACCAAGAGAGCAUGCAGUACUUUCAUAAGCAGUCUUGUGGACGCUACCACGCAGAAGGAAAUCCUUGAGACAGUCCCCGUCACCUCGGAUGAUCUCUGUCCUAUCACUAAUCAGGUCAUGAACUGGAGACCAGGUGACGACAGCGUUCUGUGGAACACAGACAUGUCUGGAACCAUCAAGUCGAUGCAGAUGUUUCACCUGAACAAUAACGUCUGGUUCUUUGGUAUCAGAUACGCUCUGCACCGUCUUACAGCGGGUUUCAGUAUUCACUGCGCCCAUGAGAAUUGCGCUGGAAGUGUUGAAAUUAUAACACCAGAUUUCGAAACAGUCACGACUAACUCACGCAAAGAAUAUGACCAUCAUCAGCCAGAACAUGCUGUCUUUCUGGCAUGCAACUGUCAGCAUGCUUACCCGGCGUUCAAGUGGACUCGCUCCCGCACUCAAGAGGCGGAUACGACUACCCUCCACUUGCUUAAGCAAGCCCACUCCAAUCCUAUAUUCCUUCAAUUUACCAAGCUGAACGCUGGCCUUAGUACAGACGACAGCGAGGUCGAGCUUGAAGCUAGUUUGGAACUGGAAAAGACUCGCGCGGCUUUGGCCGAACAACAGCGAAUUCUGAAGGAGGAAGAAGAAAAGCUCGCCCUGACGACGAAGGCGGUCAAGGUCAAACAGUAUGUGAUAUCAAAUUUGGGUCACGUUUCCACGGCUGCUAUUAGCCCCUCAUUCGGUUCGCCCAUGCACCUCGACACUCCGUUUGCCAAAAAGAUGGCUACCGGUUUCCCCCCAUCGCCAAUCAACGUUCCUCAAGGCGGUCUUUUCAACGGAGGUGGCGGUGGAGGAGCCUACUCAGCUGAUUACGAAACCCAACAGGCCAACAAACGUUACAGAACCGAUCAAAACUAUUCGAACAACCAAAAUGACAAUGAUCGCAGAGCCGGUGGCUACAACACUAGCCAGACAGGAUUCAAUGGGCCCGAACUCGACACCAGGAUCCCCGAUGCCGAUGGCUACAACACCAACGAACAGUAUGGUAAUAACCAGAAUGGUCAAGUUUCCAACACGAAUGGCAAUAAUGGUGAAGGUCAGAAUGGAAACGAUCAAAGUGGAUAUUUCCAGGGAGGAAACAAUCAAACCAACAAUCGCAACGACUCAAACAGUCAGAACACCAACGAUCGAGGCAACAGAGGCGGCCGAGGUGAUAGAAGUCGAGGUAGAGGUCGAGGUAGGGGUCGGGGAGGACAGGGCGACAGAGGAGGUCGAGGAGACUAUCAGGGUGGUGACAAACAGGGUGGAAACAAGCAGCAAGGAAAUAACCAAGGCGGCAAUCAGCGUGGCAACAAGGGCAAUGGCCGCUUUGGUAACCACCACGUCGAAGACAACAACCACGACGAAAUCCUGUGA